AUCGCCGGUAAACAGUUAGGUCUGUGCUGUAAUUAAUUCAGUGUCUCUUUUAAUCAAACUGGAAAAGAAUCGGGCCGCGGGUUGUAGAGCCGUGACAUCACCCCCAAAAUCGGCCCGAACCAAUCAGCGUCAUCACUCCGGGGACACGUGGGAAGUGGGGGUGGCGGCGAAGGCGCGCGCGGAGGACAGGGACCCUCGGGCCGUUCUUCUACCCUUUGGCUCUCCCCAACUUGGCGCGCCCUCCUCCCAUUCCUCCUGACACUCCCACCACCACCCCCCCUCGGCUCGGCGGCUCGGCGCGGUGCUGCAGAAGACGCGUUGAGCCCUUUUGGAUGUAAUGCGCAGAGGAGGUUGGCCCAGAGCUCCCGGGCUCCCCCAAGGCUGAACUCCGUCCAAGGUGCCCACAGGCUCCCUGCCCGCCUUCCCCAAUGCCAGCCCGCAGCUAGGGGCAGGGGCAGCGGCGGCUGGGGUUGGGGGUGGGUGGGGAGCUUUUGGGGAGGACAGGUUGCAGCUUGGCUAUGGAAGGCUCCAAUGGCUUUGGGAUUGACUCCAUUCUCUCCCACCGAGCGGGCAGCCCCGCCCUUCCCAAGGGGGACCCCUUGCUUGGGGACUGCCGUUCACCCCUGGAGCUGAGUCCACGCUCAGAGAGCAGUAGCGACUGCUCUUCGCCAGCCUCGCCCGGAAGAGACUGUCUGGAGACCAGUACCUCGCGGCCUGGUGCAGCAUCUGGCCCAGGUUUGGACUCUCACCUGCAACCGGGGCAGCUUUCAGCCCCAGCCCAGUCGCGAACUGUCACCUCCUCCUUUCUGAUCAGGGACAUCCUUGCUGACUGCAAACCUCUCGCGGCCUGUGCACCCUACUCUAGCAGUGGGCAGCCUGCAGCCCCUGAGCCUGGGGGCCGCCUUGCGGCCAAGGCCGGGGAGGACUUUCGAGACAAGCUGGACAAAAGUGUCAGCAGCGCUUCAUCAGACUCUGAAUACAAAGUGAAGGAGGAGGGCGACCGCGAGAUCUCCAGCUCUCGGGACAGUCCCCCGGUGCGCCUGAAAAAGCCACGCAAAGCACGCACCGCCUUCACCGACCAUCAGCUGGCGCAGCUGGAGCGUAGCUUCGAGCGGCAGAAAUACCUGAGCGUGCAAGACCGCAUGGAGCUAGCCGCCUCGCUCAACCUCACGGACACGCAGGUCAAGACCUGGUACCAGAACCGCAGGACUAAAUGGAAGCGACAGACGGCCGUGGGGCUGGAGCUGCUAGCGGAGGCAGGCAAUUACUCGGCGCUCCAGAGAAUGUUCCCGUCGCCUUAUUUCUACCCGCAGAGUCUCGUUUCCAAUCUGGACCCCGGUGCCGCACUCUAUCUGUACCGCGGACCCAGCGCGCCGCCACCUGCCCUUCAGAGACCUCUGGUGCCCCGCAUCCUCAUCCACGGACUCCAGGGCGCCAGCGAGCCGCCCCCGCCGCUGCCCCCGCUGCCCGGCGUCCUCCCGCGCGCCGCGCAGCCCCGGUGAAGCUCCCGCUUGCUCCAAACCAUGCUCUGGGACCCCCAGCUCAGGCUGGGCGUGGGUCCCUCCCUUCGCCCCGGGGCAGGGCUACUGGACUCCCCUCCGCAGCCCAGUGUCCCCUUGUGGGAGAAACUCACUGAGGCUACCCCUCCCCUACGUCCUCUCUCUUGGCUGCUCCAUCCAGGAGCCACUUACACUCGCCGGAUGUACAUAUGCGUCCUUGCCCACCUCUCACCAAGCCCCGGAUCCUUGCGGACUUCCCCAGGUGCCCCCUGUCCCCUCAGCAGCAGGUAGGGGACGCCGGUGUCCCAGGCCUGGGUCCCACCCUUCUUGCACCUCUGCGGGACAGAGUGGGAGCGCUAUACGGAGCUUCCCUCCCAUUUCCUUUAUUCUCCCUGAGCCCCGGGCUAGCAGCGGAGCUGUACAUACAGUGUGCAAAGUGUAUAUGAAGUUAUUUAUUCGUGACCCAUGAGCCCGUGACCGUGUCCGUGAAUCAGUGAGUCUGUGGCCUGUGCCCUCCCCAUCCCGGGUGGGCAGGAAGGGGCCAAGAGGGCUUGCCCACACAUCCUGGCCCCCAGUCCCGCUCCCUCCACCCAGGUCCCAGGGCAGCCAGACCUCUUGGGUUCUCUUUUUUUAAAUGUGGAAAUAAACUUCUUACAAAUGA